AUGGAUGUUGAGCCGAUGUCCCUUGGCUCGCCCCAGCAAAGUAAUGAUCGAUUGAGCAAGCCUGGGAGCCAAACAUUUCUGCCAAAUUUCUUGAUCGGAUCGAGUCAAUCCACGCCUACAGUCACCAGAUCACUUCAAUCAGCAGUUUCUCCAAAAUCACAGACACCCGGAACACCAGGAUCACGAAGCGAAAGUCAGCUUGCCAAGCCCCGAUUGCCAGACAGAACAGAAGUAAAAUCACUCGGACCUCCAGUCGCGUCAUUGAAUGCUCUUUUUUCUCCUCCCAGUCCUCACGCUCAUAACAAAUCUGUCGGCGGAAAUGCAUCAAUGAUAAUUUCUGAAGAGCAGAAUACGUCCAUCAAUCAACACACUCAAAACGGCGCUCCAAAAUCGCCGACUCAGUUGGAUCCGUUCUUUCAAAACGGAGGGCGCGUGACGAGCGAUCCUACUUGGAUCACAAUUUUCGGAUUUCCAAGUGCUGCUGAGGCGUUUAUAAUUCGACAAUUUAGACAAUACGGCGUCAUUGUCAACUACAUACCACAGACCGAAAAUGCUAAUUGGAUUCACGUACAGUACUCGAAUAAAAUGCAAGCUCAAAAGGCCUUGAGUAAAAAUGGAAAGAUCAUUGACGGAAACAUCAUGAUAGGAGUGAUACCCUGCAUCGUAGAUCCAGGACAGGAACAAGUGGCUUCAGUAGAUAUGACAAAGUUCGGAAACACCUUCAGCGCGAACCAAACUGGGUCUGAAAACGUACCGCCGCGGAACCGAAGCGUUCUCGGGGACCGAUCGUUCAACAGCUUCUCCCCAUCCAUCUCCGGAACGCCCACCCGGCGAGGAAUGCGCCGCAUGCACUCGGUCGCAGGCCACAGCAUGAGCACCACCAAUCACUACGCUAAUGAAACCAACGCUCCUAAAAAAGACAACUCUUUUAUGGGGAAGACAAUGAGCUUGCUGUUCGGAGACUGGUAA